UUCUCUUCUUACCCACUAGAAUGUGGACAUCCCCUUUACCCUCUAAGUUGGACAGAAAUGCAUCCAAGUUAGGGUGUGGUGUGGUUUGUAUAGUAGAGGACGGAAGUUCAUAAACCACUCUACAGUAGCCUCAAACCUGGGUAGAGGUGUAGUUCACACUUCCCAACUUUCUCCUUCGUUCCAUUUGAUGAAUGAGCGCCCAAUUCAAAAGUUCUCCCGUCUUCCUCGAGCUGCAGAACCCUUCUCAUGCCAUAGAAUCCAUCACUCUCAGCCGUCGGUGCUAGUCGCUGAAAUGAGAGCAUUCAGAGCGCUCAGCUUUCAAACGCGCUUUCUCAAUCUCUCUUUAAACAAAUCAUUGUUAAACCCUACUCAAACUUCAUUAGGUAAAUACUCCAAAAGUAAUGGAAUUUUACGCCAUUUCUGGUCUUCUCGCCUUCUCAUGUUCCCAGAAGAAUCAACAGCUGUUAAUGUCGAUGUAAACGGAUGGCGCGCAGGUUCCAAAGAAAACUCCAGCAUUGAGACUUUCUAUGAUGCUACCACCGGCCAACUUGUGACUCGAAGGGUUCAGUCACAUGAAGAGGCAUCACGAAGGAAGGCUGCUUCGAAUUCUGAAAAUGGCAGUUCUUCAAAUUCUUCCAGUUCUCAGUAUGUGCAUGGGUCCGAAAGUAGGGUGUACGGGGAGGUUGUAGGGAAUAUGAGUGGUAAAAAGAAGGGGAAGGGAAAGAGUAAACCUAUAUGGGUGUGCUCGGAUUGUGGAUAUACAGAUGGUCAGUGGUGGGGAGUUUGUAAGGAAUGUAAUGGUGUCAAUACCUUGAAGCAGUUCUCCCCAGGAGCUGAUCGGCCCACCGGUGGCAUUGGGAUUUCCGAAAAUGUGAUGAGAUCAUGGUUACCUCACCAGCGUGACAAACCUAUGCCAGUGAAAUUGUCAGAUGUGAACAAGGGGAUUAAUCAGUUCAAUUGGAGAAUUUCCUUAUGUGGGCUCUUUGGUACUGAAGUUGAAAGAGUGCUUGGUGGUGGACUUGUUCCAGGCUCCUUAGUUUUAGUGGGUGGAGAUCCUGGUGUUGGCAAGAGCACAUUAUUGUUACAAGUUGCAGCUAUACUUAGUGAAGGGCGUAAUACAAUUCAAUCUGCACCAGUUGUUUAUGUCUCUGGUGAAGAGAGCAUUGAACAAAUUGGAAAUAGAGCGGAUCGAAUGAGAAUUGGGACUGAAAAACUCUUCUUAUACACAAGUACAGAUGUUGAGGAUAUUCUGGAAAAGGUUCAGCGCCUUUUACCAUGUGCUUUAAUAAUUGAUUCCAUUCAGACAGUUUUUCUCAGAGGAGUAGCUGGAAGUGCUGGAAGCAUAACUCAGGUGAAGGAGUGCACCGAAGCAUUUCUCCGUUUUGCCAAGAGAACCAAUAUUCCCGUUCUUUUGGCUGGUCAUGUCACUAAAACUGGGGAAAUAGCUGGACCUCGUGUCUUGGAGCACAUCGUCGAUGCCGUCUUGUAUAUGGAGGGGGAAAAGUAUUCUUCUCAUCGAUUGCUCAGGUCUGUGAAGAAUCGUUUUGGAUCCACAGAUGAGCUUGGUGUCUUUGAAAUGUCGGAUACAGGCUUACAAGCUGUUGUGAAUCCGAGUGAAAUGUUUCUUAGCGAGCAGAACUCAGAUUCCGAUUUUCUGGUUGGGCUUGCUGUAGCUGUAGUUAUGGAUGGAUCACGGGCCUUUGUCAUUGAAAUUCAGGUUUCCUCCCCGGCAGUCAUUAGAGAGACCAUGGAACAUUUCUUGGGUGAUGAGGAUCUGGUCAUGAAUGAGCCUUUCCUUUACCAAGCCCCCUUGUUCUGGACUGAUGAUUUUAAGAAGAAUGGAGGACAAUCUGGAAGCCAUGAUUUUGGAAAUAGUUUUGGCCAUGAAAUUAGAAAGACAGAUGGGCUUGAAUUCAGCAAAGUUUGAGGGGUUGUUCACCUUGGGAAUGAGGAUUAUAUUGGAUGUGGUAAGGGAUUUAGGUGGAGGUAUGCCAAGGAAGAAUUCCUGGAUGGCUUUCCAAAUAUCCUUUUUAAUGAUGUCCCAACAGGCCCUAAAGAAGUAGCCAUUAUAGCCAUCGGGCCCAGGGGAGCUGUCUGGGCU